UCAAAGCUCUACUAGAGGCAGGCGGUAGGCGCACACCAAUCCAGAGUUCUUCCAAUACAGUGCCAGUCUAGGAGUCAAGAUGUCCAGAACUACAAGGUCACCAAUGAUGAAGCCUUUGGUCCACUCAGGAAACGCCAUGGCUCCUUUCUUCAAGGUGACUGUGUUUGAGCAAGAGGAUUUCCAAGGGAAGUGUGUGGAGUUCACUACUCAAUGCUGCAAUAUCCAGGAGUGUGGACUGGACAACAUCCGCUCCAUCAGGGUGGAGAGUGGAGCCUGGAUGGGUUUCGAGCACCACAAUUUCCAGGGCCAGCAGUUCAUCCUGGAGAGAGGAGAGUAUCCCCGCUGGGAAGCCUACAGCGGCUCCAUCUCCUACCACGUGGAGCGUCUCAUGUCUUUGUACCCCAUCUACUGCGCCUCCCACCAGAACAGCCGUAUGAUCAUUUAUGAGAGGGACAACUUUAUGGGUCGCAGUGUGGAGAUCUGUGAUGACUACCCCUCUCUGAGGGCCAUGGGCUGGAUGCUGCCCGAGGUCGGCUCCAUGCAUGUGCAGUGUGGCGCCUUUGUGUGCUACGAGUUCCCUGGCUACAGGGGUCAGCAGUACCUCAUGGAGUGUGAGAAACACAGUGGAGACUACAAGCACUGGACUAUCUGGGGCUCCCACUGCCAGACCCCUCAGAUCCAGUCCAUCAGACGCAUCCAGCACUGAGACUCAGGCCAAGCAGCUCCUCUUCCCCCAUACUCUUCCUCAUUUCCUCCUCCCCUCAUUUAUCAUCCUCCUCUUGACUUAAGCCACCCCAACCUGACACCGCAGACCCAGAGUGUGAUAAGAGACAAUAUCGCACUGUUAAAGCACAGGGAAUUGCAUACUUCACACACAUGCUGACAUGAAUGAUGCACAGAGUGUCUUUUUAUUUGGUUUAAAGGCUCCUCCACGCAUCAGGCACACACCUGAGCUGUACUCGAUUGGAUAAGUGUAAAACCUGGAGAUAAACAGGGAGUGCCCCCCCUCCCCAAUGAGUGAGGCAAAGGUGCAGCUCAGAUGUGUUGUUUGUGUGCUGGAGACCGACCCACAGGUUGAUUACUAAUAAAAUAAUUUUACUU